GUAGUAUUUUUUAAUCAGAAUGUCAUCGGUAUAUUCGGUACAUCGAUACCUUGAUACUUUCGAUGCCUAGACAGAACGGAAUUUAAAGACUCGAAAGCAGCUGGAGAAAGUACAAGAACGUACAAAAGAGCAAGAAACGAUCCGUAAUUACUGGCAGCUGCGAACAGCGCCGUGUGUGUGAGUGCGUGCGCGAGAGCGAGAAUCAAGUGAACGAAGCGGAAGGAGCCCCAAAAUUACACAAGUUGUAAGGAAGGCUGAGAAAAAGUUGGCCCAGACCGAGUAUUGAUUUUUUCAUAGACAGUGCAGUAGGGGAACGGUACCUUUUUGAUAACUGAAGAGGCAGGCGCGAGGGAAAAGCGGUUGGAGUUCUAUCUCGUUUUGAGACCCGCAGCAAGAAGGGGAAGAGAAGAAAAGAACGGAAAGCGUCAGCAUUGUUAAUACAAAAAAUCAACAAAAACACGCACCCACACACCGACACUUGCAUGCACAGUGGAACUUUCAGUUUAUACUAUCCGAAAAACCAGAGCAGAGGCAGGCUAAGUACCCAAAUUCGAAAUUCAAGCAAAGCCGAAAGAUACAGUAGUAGCUGAUAAACAAAAGAGAGAACUAGGAAAAAAACAUGCCACAGUCAGAGGGCGGCUAUGUGUCGCUGCCGGCCGUCAAUGGCAACGGCGGUGCCAUCUAUCAGUCGACCACAGAGCCCACGGCCCCGCCCUCCGUCUUCGAGAGCGUGAAGCGGGCGAUUGGCCAGGCCAUCAAGUCCUCGCCCACCGACAGCGAGGAGCUGCUCCGCUCCGAGCGCCUGCCGGUCAUCGUCGGCGGCUCCAGAGACCGCGACAAAUCCGGUAAGACACUGACCACCAAGAUGCCGUCAGCUCCAACACACACUGCCGAGGAGGCACACCUGCUGGGCACAAUGCCCGUUGAUCCCAUGGAUGACAUCGAACUGCGCUCCGUGCAGCUGCAAUUCCCCAAUGCCCGCGGCUCCAUCCUGGAGGCCUGCGAACAGCGACGCGUGCCCACGGACAAGGGCGAUGUCCACGUGGCCAUACAGGGCGAUACGGCCAAGCCGGCCAUCGUCACCUACCACGAUUUGGGACUCAACUACGCCACCAGCUUUGCUGGAUUCUUUAACUUUCCAGUGAUGCGAGGUUUGCUGGAGAACUUCUGUGUUUACCAUGUGACGGCUCCUGGCCAGGAGGAGGGUGCCCCCACUUUGCCAGAAGACUACGUGUAUCCGACCAUGGAUGAUCUGGCCGCACAGCUGCUGUUCGUGCUCUCCCACUUUGGCCUGAAGUCGGUGAUUGGUUUCGGCGUUGGUGCCGGAGCAAAUAUUCUGGCCCGUUUCGCCCACGCCCAUCCGGACAAGGUGGGCGCCCUGUGCCUGAUCAACUGCGUCUCCACGCAGUCGGGCUGGAUCGAGUGGGGCUACCAGAGCUUCAAUGCCCGUUUCUUGCGCACCAAGGGCAUGACACAGGGCGUGAUCGAUUACCUGAUGUGGCACCACUUCGGACGCAAUCCGGAGGAGCGCAACCACGACCUGGUGCAGAUGUACAAGCAGCACUUUGAGCGAGGCGUGAACCCGACCAAUCUGGCCAUGCUGAUCAACGCGUACAUCCAUCGCAACGACCUGCACCUGGCGCGCACUCCGCCAGGCACUCCGGGCACCGAGACGGCGGCCACCACGCUGAAGAUGCCGGUGAUCAACAUCACGGGCUCGCUAUCGCCACACGUGGACGAUACGGUGACCUUCAACGGCCGCCUGGACCCCACAAACUCAUCCUGGAUGAAGAUUUCCGAUUGCGCUUUGGUGCUGGAGGAGCAGCCGGCCAAGUUGGCCGAGGCCUUCCGGCUCUUCUUGCAGGGCGAGGGCUACGUGUCUGAGAAACCUCAGUAGGAGAUCUGCCACCCGAAGCACGCAAGCAGUAAAAUACCCAACAAAAAUUGCAAAAAACAAACCCGAAAUCUAGUUGGAAUGCAUUUAGCUAAUUAAUUAAUACAAUAAUUCAAUUUUACCAUAUAUACAAAUAUAUAGGCAAAGUAGAGCUUAAAACUACACAAAACCACACACACACAGCCAGUUGAUGGAUUUUUUGAUAUUUUAAGGUGUUCACGGGUGGAUAAUAUAUUACAACCAUUUCCAAUUCUGAGUAUCAAAAUCUUAUGUUACACGUUCUCGCGUUUGAAUAUCACAUCAGUGAAUAUAAAAAUGUAAACUGAAAAUGGAUAUGAAAUUUUAGGAGUUGGUAUUUAAAUAUAUUAAAUACAGUUUGGAACAUUUCAGAAAAUGUAAAUCCUAUAUUGCACUGGGUGCAUUUUUUCAGACAACUUUGUCUAGCACUUUAAAGCUAUUUGAAUGUAAAUACAUUUGUCAUCUUAAAAUAUUGCAAUGCUCCUUAAAAUAUAGUCAAGUUUAACUAAAACGGAGUCUGAUUCGUUUCGAUGAUUUUUUUCAGAAUUUCAAACCCAAACUGGCAAACUAUGAAAUAUUCUCAAAAUACUUUUAAAUUUUAAUUGCUAAUUGUUUCGAACGACCCUGAACGCCUUAAGAUUCGAAAAGCUGAGUAGUGCAAUUGACUAACACUCGCCUGCAUACACGUAGAUUUUCUUCUCGAGUACAGUGCGACCUCGGUUGUGGGCUGCUGAUGCGCUUUUGCUUUUCCAACAACGCUCUUUGAUUUUCUCCUCCACCAAAACACUCUCGCACACGCCUUUUGUUUAGAAUAAAUCUUUAAUUUAUUUGACCUUUCAUUUGUUUUUUUUAUUUACACGCAAAUUCAAAACAAAAUACACAACAUCGACAACAACAACAACGAAAACUAUUACCACAACAACCACAAACAAUUGAACAAUUUGAAAAACCCCCAAAAGCUGUUGGCACAUUGCAAAAGCUGGCGCGCAAAAUCUCAACGGUCAGUCGGAGCAGUUCCACGCAAAUUGAGCUCACUGUACAGUGAAGGGCGGCGGCAGAGCGGCAUGAGGAGCGAACGGAGAGAGCAACAGCAGCGGCGGCACCACAGCCCCCUGGUUCAGUGGGGCGGAGUGAGAGGAGCCAUUGGAUAACCACCCGAUACCCACAGCAAAAAGAAAGAACACAAUAAUUACUCGAAAAAUGGUUUACAGCUUUGCUUUUAAGGGCAAAAUAAUCUUGCUUCGGUUUCUCCUCUUCUGUGAUUUCCUUUGACAUUUUUUGUUGCUCUUUUGUUUAUGUUUAAUCAGUUUUUGUAAUUAAUACGGUUUUUAGUUAGUAAGCUAAUGAGUGGAAAGCAGCUAAAGAUUUAGUUACCAUUUCGUUUGUUGUCUACAUAAAUAAAUGCAUUGCCUGCAUUAUGUUACCAUUCGUUUGUCCCCCUUUUCUCCACACGCCUUGAAGGACGGGCUGCUUUCACCACCCACAACACAGCUUAAAUAUGUACGGAAGCAAUAAGUUUAUACACUCUAUACAAAUAUACAUACAUGACAACGCUAUUAUAUACAAAUUACAUACACUAACCAUACGCGAGUCGAGAAAAACGAUAAAAACGAAACGAAAAUUGAAAGUGUAAGCUUUUGUUGUAUAUUUGAGAAUUCCAAAUAAACGAACAACGUCAAUUUCGAACUGUAA